UUAUACCCUUCUUACACAUUCAUUGUCAACUUAAAAAGAAAAACACCAAAGAAACAAACAAGAGAAGAAAAGGAAUAAAGAAUUUUUUUUAAUUGUAUUUUGAAGAAGGAUUUUCCACGUUAAAAUCUUGACAGAAGUCAGAUGACGAGUGUGAUGGGAGCGGAGUGUGACAAAAUUCGAUUGGAUUAUGAAGCGGAGACGGAGCUGAGGCUAGGGUUGCCGGGAGCCAUUAAUGGAAAUGAAGGUGAAAUGACGUCAAAGAAUAAUGGGAAGAGAGUCUUUUCAGAAACUGUUGAUUUGAAACUAAACCUUUCUUCAAAGGAUUCCACAGUUGAUAAUCAAGUUGACAACAUUAAGGAGAAGAAGAAUAUUGCUCCCACUGAUCCUGCUAAGCCACCAGCCAAGGCACAAGUUGUGGGUUGGCCACCAGUGAGAUCAUUCAGGAAGAAUGUACUAACCGUCCAAAAGAACAGCACCGGCAACGGCGAAAGCUCCGGCGGCGGCGCAGCCUUUGUGAAAGUUAGCGUGGACGGAGCUCCAUACUUACGUAAAGUGGACUUAAAGAUGUACAAAAGCUACCAACAACUCUCUGAUGCCCUUGGCAAAAUGUUCAGCUCUUUCACCAUUGGAAAUUGUGGGACUCAUGGAUUUAAGGAUUUCAUGAAUGAGAGCAAAUUAAUAGACCUCUUAAAUGGCUCAGACUAUGUACCUACUUACGAAGACAAGGAUGGAGACUGGAUGCUUGUUGGUGAUGUACCUUGGGAGAUGUUUGUUGAUUCAUGCAAACGCUUAAGGAUAAUGAAAGGAUCUGAGGCCAUUGGACUAGCACCAAGAGCAGUGGAGAAAUGCAAGAACAGAAGCUGAAAUUGAUGAUCCAAUUAAUUGUUCAUUGUAUUUUUAUUUUUUUUGUUUUGUUUCCAUGGUCAAAUUAUAUAAUUGACCUUGGAGUUUUUAAAUCUGUUGUAAUUUGAUGGUUUAUAACAUAUAUAUAAAAAUUGUGAAAAUAUUAUCUACGAGAAGAAAAGAUUUGAAUAGUUGUCAACUAGUAUGUGACAGCCUCAUAUUGGUUGGAGCCCUAUUUUUGAGUAUCUUGAAUUAUAUACAUAUUGUUUGGGCCA